AUGAAUCAAUCUAAAGACUUAGAAAAUAAAACUCCGCCCACAUCUGCUAGGAAUACUGGAGGGAAGAAGAGUCAAUUUAUGCUAAACGAGAAUGAUCUUUAACUAAUGGACCUAACAGGAGUUGCCACGAAGGAACAGAGAUUAAGAAGGCAGAAAUCAGGAUUGAGUCGGAAAGAAUUUCUCUAUGCAGUUAAUUAGGAUGACAUCAUUUUUGCGAUACCCUUCGGUGUAUUUCAGAUAAAAAUUGCUUUCACUAUGUUCUUGUACUACACCUCCUCCUCAUUCCUUACAUACAAUAUGGCAUUUUUCCUGAUUGAGCCAGACAUCUAUUAGUGUGUAUUUAGUGUUGAUCCCUAUAAAAAUACGUACCCAUGCACCAGAGAAUACAUAUGCAAUAAUGACAUCAGAUCCUACAUCGACAGCUGGGAAGCCAAUGAAAAUGCUGACACUCGGUUGUACAAUUGGGUGGAUACUCUUGAUCUACAUUGCCUAACUAACUAUCACAUUGGGUUAUUUGGUGUUGCCUUAUGUGCGGGAAUGACUCUGUCAAGUUUGUGCAUUCCCCUUUUAGUUUAAAAAUAUGGACGCAAAAUGUUUACAUAUCUAGGUGCUUUUCUUCAAAUUCUUUGUUAUUUGGUAAUCACAAUCUCAACCAACUACCAUCUUUACCCUGCAGUCCUUUUUGCAUUUGGAAUUACAAUUCCCUUUAAAAACUUCAUUACUUAUCCGCAUUUAAUGGAAUUCGUACCUAGACAAUAGAUUUUCGUUGGUGGGCUAAUGAGAUGCAUUGAUGGCUUAGUAUUCUCAAUCAGUCCAUUGAUCUUGCACUUUGUAACACAUAACACAAAAAAUCUGCUCUACAUUGCAACUUGUCUGAACAUCAUUUCGAUUGUAGCUCUGCUGAUUCUCUACGUGCCAGAAUCAAUUAAGUUCAACUUGUCUAAAGGCAAGUACGAGGAAGUGAUUCGUGACAUCAGUUUUAUCUGUAUUUAGGAUCAUGUAACGAAUUCAAAAAAAGAGGCUAUGUUGAAAUUGAUAAAAACCUAUCAGUACCAGCAAGAGAGCAGAAACAACUAUUCAGCUCUGCACUUUGUAUUUAGUGAGGAUUAGUACUUCUAUGGGGAUAAAGAGAAGGAAAAGCAGCUAUUCAACAAAUUAAACGUUAUUAACUUGCUAUUGAUGAUGACCUGCUGGAUAGCUACCAAAUUUACGUUUUUCACUAUGAUAUUCUACGUAAAGUAUUUACCAGGAGACUUAUUCUCAAAUGCAACUCUAGGCGGUGCUUCAGCCUUUAUAUUCUUAUUUCAAUCUCCAAUACUAUAGAAAUUAUGUCCAAAGCGAACCUAGCAGUGCUCUUUCGCUUUUAAUGUUCUAUGCCUUAUCUCUAUGUUCCUAAUGACUCAUCAUUUUGUAGAUUAGCAUUUUAUGGUAUAUGCUGUUGUUUUUAUGUGUCUUAGAGCAGGCAUGUAUUUAAGCUUUAGUACAAUAUAUACUCAGCACUAGGACUUAUUUGAUUAAGACUUUUUGGGUCCAAGUUUUGCUAUUUGUACAUUUGUUUCCAGAUUAUUCGCUGUGUCUGGACCUAUGAUAGCAGAAGUUUCAGAUCGUAAAGUUCCAAUCCUACUUAUGAUCCUUUUAAAUUCUAUUGCUUUUAUUUGUACAUCGCUUUUAGUUGUAAGAAAUAAGUGA